AUACGUCAAGCGCCGAGGUAAUAUAAGGCAAAAAGUAAGUGUCCUAAACAUUCCGCGAUAUGGAAUUUCCACAUAAACGAUAUAUAACUGUAUAUCGCUUUUGUUUGUGUGGCAUUGUUAGUUUGGUUAAACAUUAUGAGUUAACAAGCGUGACGUGCCUAUUUUUUUCAUAAGACAAUGCAUUUUAUUUUAAAAUGUCAACAGUAUAACUUUAAAUUAAUCUUGUUAUGAUGUUUGGAAUAUUUUAUGAAAACCACGAAAGACUCUGAUAGCGAUAUUUUUAGUAACAAAAAAAUAUCAGAUAAAAAACGAAUGGACUGGUUAAAGAACAUACUGGAACUGUAAAGUACUAUGUUCUGUUUACUAUUUAAAGUAUACGGAAUGAAUGUCAGAGUCUACGGAAGUGUUUAGACUUUUAAAGUUAUUUCAUGGACUCAGAAACAUGUAAAUUAAAGUCAACUUAUAUACGAAUACACUAACUUUAUACAGCCGGCAAUAAACAAAUAAAUGUACAAAGUGUGCUCAGUCCGGAAGUCGCUGGUUGAUCGAGAAAACGCCAUUUAACGGUGCAGCUGAAACUAAACUCAACAAGAUUUCUUCGCAUUUACUAGUAAGCAGUCAUAGAAUAGUACAAACUAAAAUGACUCCGGCGGGUCGAAUACGCGAGUCGAUCAGUUCACUGAGGAGCCAAUCAGCCUGGAGUCCCAUGCCCGAGCACUUGUUGUUCCAACAGCUUGAAAACGACAAAUCACCAACCCCCGUCACCACCGACGGCGAGAAGGAAUGUGAGGAAUGUGGAAUGAAGUUUAAAACGGAGGCCAUGCUAACGUACCAUAAAAUUGGUUUCUGUGUCGGUCCGCCGACAGAAAUUCCACCGGUAGAAAUUUCACCGAGGACACCUUUUCAGGUGGCUAAUGAGUCAACAGCAAUGUUAAAUAACAGCACGAAACCGCAGUCAGAACUUGCUAGACAUGAUACAACAGCUAAACAACUGCACACACAGAAGCAGAAAAGACUUGAAUGGUGCACGUGUGCUAAUGGGGCCGUUCCUCCGUCGGCGGUAAAAGUUGGAUUCGAUGACAGUGACAAGACAUUUACAUAUAUAUGUGUCGCUCAGGUUGGCGAUGAGGUAAUCCCCGGUACCGUGCUACCCCCUAGAAAACAUGCUACAGUAACCUUGAAUGGCGAAGAGGUCAAGACUACAGAAUACAGUGUCCUCACUGACCAUGGAGGACAGGUAUCAUGGAAAAAAUGUGACGUAAUUGGAGGAAUACCACGUGACGCUGUUAAGGGAGGGUACGAUUCAAAAGGUUUGCAGUAUUUUAUUGCUAGAGGCAAAGCUCCGGACGGGAACUGGGUCGGCGGGAAGUAUAUUCCUGAAAAACAACAGUGCUACUUCGCCUGGGAAGGGACCGAAUUCACGGGAAAAAGUUUUGAAUUCCUUUGCAAAAACGAUUCAAAACAAUACUUCAGUAAUAUAAACACGGCCUUAAAGUCAUCGAACGAAUCUCCGAUAGCCAAACCUGAGCAGACAGAAACUCCGGCAAAACUAACAUCACAGGAAAAAACUCGUGAUUUCAAAGAAUUGCAACCAUCACAAACACCGCUUUCACUAAAUAAAGACGCACCAAACAAUAGCGGUACACCGUCAAAAUCAGAUACAGAUGUAAUUGAACAAGACACAAGUAAACUGACUACUAAAACAACAAGACAAGGCACCGGAAUCAUAGACCAAGAAAAAGGUAAAACCACUAGAGCUAAAGAAAUUACAAAGCCUGAGGUGAUGACACAAGGCAAAACCAAAACGACUGCACCGAAAGAACAUUCUAACUUGAGCACUGGUGGUAUUACGAAAGAAAGAAAUAAGGCGAGCAAUCCAAGGGAGUUAACAAAGUCUGGCACCGCCAUAGUUUCACAAAACAAAGGUAAAGCAAACAAUAGCAGAUCGAAUACCGGAAUACGGCCAAACAGCAAAAACUUGCAGUUUUGAAAAUUCAGUGUGCACCGAACAUUAUAUACUGUAUUUUUCUGACAAAAUUACGGAUAUAGGACAUUUGUUGGUUUUGGUGUAUAAUCUAGUUUUCAGCGGGUAGACACUAGAUCCUUACAUUAUUGAUGCGACCUGCAUACGCGUUAGAUCAGUAAAAACUUAUAUUCUUAUCACAAUAAAGUUUUAAAAUCAAAUGGAGUAACAUGGCUUUCGCUUCAAGAUAAAUACAUGUACUUAAAUUAUAACAAAUUAAGGAGAAUACACGUUCAGUGUAAUAGCUGGGUCUGACGAUUUCUUGUAAACUGAAACCUGUUCUUAAAACCCCGUAAAACGGUACAGUCAAUUUUCAAGAGAUCUAAAAUUAAAUAUAUCUACCUUGGACAUUUGCUAUAGUUCAUUUUUCCAUUAAACUGAGUGUAA